UCGAGUGGGCGGGCGUUCUCUGACAGGAGGAAGAAGGUUUGUGACUGGCAGUGGCAUCCAGCCCUGAGAGCCGGCUUUUCUUUCCUCUCCCUCCUUUCACAAACACUAGGAUCUAUGGCUGCCAAAGGGAUGAAUCUGUGCAAUGUGUGCUGCCUGCUCCUCUACGUGAUCACGGCGGUGCUUGCGGGGUAAGUAAGCUUUUCUGGGACAGCAGCACUCACAGAGCAGUGAAACAGCAUCGCCAGGUGGUACACAUGUUCCUCUGUGAUUGGUCCAGAGCUUUACUACAUGUGUGGAGAAGAUUGGGGAAGACUGACAGGCACCAGACAUAUAAUCUAACUGUCUGUUAGUGUUUAAAAUGUAAAUGCCUGAGCUACCAUUCGCCUGGCAAUGCUUAGAACAGCGUUAUAUCGGUAAUUGUGUUCCUUGUGCGCUAUUUAUAUGAGAUUUACGGUAAUGGUGAUCAAACAGCCCUGUCCAACCGUUAGACUUUUAAUCACUACAUUAAGAGCAUAAAAGAGAAAUUUAACACUUUCCAACUGCUUAUUCCAAGUGAUAAACAGAUUUAUUCAAGAAAAGUGCGAUUGAAGCAGGAUCUGCCGGCUAGCUCAGCCGGUUUGGCAGCUAGCGUUAGCUCCUGCAUUGGUGUUUUGGUUAAAAGAGUGACCCUGUUAUUUGAGGCAUAAAGCCAAAUGUGUCAGCGGUUGUCGUAGUUACAACAGCAGGUGAAACUUGAGAAGACUACACGGUAAUGUGUCCUUGUUCAUUUUUCUUAUCACAAUGGAACAAAAUUUACCCUUCGAGUUUUAAAAAUGAAUGACAUUUGCGGAAGUAUUCGACAUACACUGGUAAACGAUAUCGAGAGAGUCGUCAGAAAAAAGGGUCACUCUUAACACCGGAACACCUGCUUCUUCCCGUGAAUCACUCUUCCACUAAUAGUGACACAUAUUCUUUCCUUUUUUUGAUCUUACAGGCGAGAUUUCUAUAAGAUCUUGGGGGUGAGCAAAAGUGCAUCAAUAAGGGACAUAAAGAAGGCCUACAGAAAGCUUGCUCUCCAGUUACAUCCCGACAGAAACCAGGACGACCCCAAAGCUCAGGAUAAAUUUGCGGACUUGGGGGCAGCUUAUGAGGUGAGUGUCGAGUUUUGUUAAGAUUUCCUGUCAUUUACAGCUUAAGAGAGGCUCGGUGAACUUAUUUGACAUCAAAACUAACAAGGAACUGUGUUGUAGAUCUUGAAUAGAUGAGUAAUUUUAGACUUAAGUGCUUGAGGGCAGUGAAACAAAAGUCUUUUGUAUUUUGGCUAUUUGGUUGAUGUUGGAAACGGAUCCUCUACUCUGAUUGGUUGGCUGGACUGUGUGUCUGCUUCUGAUUGGCUGCUGUGCAGCGCAGCUGGCGAACAGAAAAACACGACGUGGAGCGUUUGGCGGUGGAUUUACAUAGGCAGGUGUUUUCUUAUCAAAUAUUCACAUUAACCUUACAGAUAACAGCGAUAUUAGUGUGAUUUUAUAAACAAGGAGCAGGAAACAUAUUCAGUUAUACUUCAGUCCAGAUGACGCUCCUGAGUUUAUUGUUUUUUUUUGCUUUUUUUUUGUCUAAUUAGAGGUUAUUUGUCUUUUUGCUCCUCUACAUCCUUCAGCUUUCUAUUGACUUGACAAACAGGACACAUAUUAAUUUCCCCAAAGUCUAUAUAGACACAGCUGACUGACAGUAUGGGAAGAUUCUCUGCUGUUCUUUUGAGCUGUUAUUACUCUUACAAGUGAUCUUCUGUUAAAACUGUGUCACAAAAGUGUUGUUUUGUUACACAUUGAUACAUUAGAUCACAUUGUAUGGAUAAAGGUGUUUAUUAUUGGUCCUGUGACUGACAUGUUGUGUAUUUUUAGGUUCUGUCAGAUGAGGAAAAAAGGAAACAGUACGACGCAUAUGGAGAAGAUGGACUCAAAGAAGGUCACCACAGCUCACACAACGAUAUCUUCUCCAGGUACGUUUCAUGAGCUCAGACAGACAAAGCUGUCGUGUCAAAGCUGACGUCAUCUGACAUCUUUCUCUCUGUCUGUUUUCUCUCUGCAGCUUCUUUGGUGACUUCGGGUUUAUGUUUGGUGGAAACAGACAGCAGCAGGACAGAAAUAUCCCCAGAGGAAAUGACAUCAUAUUAGACCUGGAGGUUACGCUUGAAGAGGUGUACUCUGGGAACUUUGUGGAGGUGAGGAGAAAAUACUACUCUCUUAAAUAACAUCUGGAACUUUUUAAGUUCUUUAGAUAAUUCAAGUGUUAAACUUUUCAACCUUCCGUGUCACUCAGGUUGUUCGUAACAAGCCCAUAGCCAAAGAAGCUCCCGGAAAGAGGAAAUGUAACUGCAGACAGGAGAUGAGGACUACACAGCUCGGACCCGGACGCUUCCAGAUGACUCAGGAGAUGGUGUGUGACGAGUGUCCUAAUGUGAAGUAAGUCACAGAUCUGAGAUAAACACCAUAUGGGCAGCACUGAGGACAGAGCGGACACCUUUACUCAAUCAUGUGGCUGGUGUUUGUAGCAGAGUGUAGAAAUUUUCACUCAAAACAGACAUUUAAGGCAAAGAAGGAGCUAUACAAAUAUUUAUAUAGAAGGAGCAGGUUAAGGUUUGUUUGCUUAUCUUCUCACCUCUGCAGCACUUUUAGGUGCUUCCAGUGUGGGUGAUCUGUCUGUAUUUGACUCUGUCUAGAUCGACCUCCUCCUUGAUUUUGAUCCUUAUACUCAGAACUUUACAGAACUGGUCUGACUCUUCUCCUCUGACUCUCAGAAAAGGUCUUGAUUUAAAAGAAUGACUUUCUGAACAGUUUUAUAGAUAAACAGUUUCUCUGUUAAUCCUGCCCCAAAUUUAGGCUCUGUAGAAAUCUGUAAUCCAGUCAGUCUAGUCUUGGAAAAAACAGCAGCUCUAAGCUCAGACUGAACAGAUGUUGUUUGUGACGUUUAAGGAUUCUAAAAAUACCAAAAAUAAAACCACUGAGAGCUGUUUUCACCUGACUAAGCCAUAUUAAAAGAGUUUUAGCUGCACCCACCUCAGGUUUUCUAUCAGAACACAGACACAUAAUACUUUGGAUGAACAGAUCCUGAUAAUCUCUGCACAGUCACCGUACAAACUUCAUCUAACAGGUUAAUUUUCCCCUCAGAUUGGUAAACGAAGAAAGAACUCUGGAGGUAGAAAUUGAACAGGGAGUGAGAGACGAGAUGGAGUACCCUUUCAUUGGAGAAGGUAAAUCUGCCUAAAGAUGAAAACAAAUCAUUUUAACUCUGAUUUUAAAAACUCAUUUUGUUAACGUCUAUUUUUGUGCGAUCACAGGAGAGCCUCACAUCGAUGGAGAACCUGGAGAUCUACGGUUCAGAAUCAAAGUUUUAAAGUAUGAAAAAUGAUUUAUUUUUGUGAAAACAGUACAGAAAUAAUUUUGUAAUUUUUUUAGAUGGAAUAUUGGAACUUUUUCUUUGAUAUUUUUCAGACAUCCUGUGUUUGAGCGCAGAGGAGACGACCUGUACACAAACGUCACCAUCUCCCUGGUGGAGGCGCUUGUUGGCUUUAAGAUGGACAUCGUACAUUUGGACGGACAUAAGGUGCUUUUUCUCCUACAGAGCUGUCCCGGUUCACUGUAUUUUGUUUUUUCAGGCUGCUCAAAGUCCUUUUCAAGGUAGAGCAGUGUGUAACAGAGUCUGUAGAGUUAGUUUGAACACGUGCCUCUGUCUUACAGGUCCAUAUAGAGAGAGAUAAGGUCACUAAGCCCGGUGCUCGCAUGUGGAAGAAAGGAGAGGGUCUGCCAAACUUCGACAACAUCAACAUUAGAGGUUCCCUCAUCAUCACCUUCGACGUGGAGUUUCCUCAGACACAGCUGGACGACCAGCAGAAAGAUGGUGAGAGUGGAGAGGAGGUUAAGGGAGAAUCCAAACGACAAAGACCUAAUAUCUACCCAACCAGGAAAUCUCAGCUCAUUUUUACAGGGUUGAAAACUAUACAGUGACAACUAGGUGUUUCACCAAUCACAUCAAGUUGUCAUGAAGUAUUGAUCUCAAUUCUCCUAUUGGUGUUUUAAAUAACAGCACCUGUAUUAGAAACAGUCUUUUAACACAGCCAAAGCUCAUACUGUGUGACGGUUAGUGGUUGUAGGUUGUGACUGUUUUCUUCAAUUUGGUUGAUGUCACUUUCACUCAGGUUCUUGUGAAAAUUUAACAUCCCUCAUAAGCUCCUGCAUGUUUCUUUCCUCUGCCGAUUGGUCAGACAUUAACCGCCAGUCUACAGUUUUGUUUACAAGAAAGACGGAGGAUCAUAUUUAUCAUGCAUCACGGGGGCCUGGCUGAAAACGACACAGUUUUACAACAUUUUUUCUGUUUUACUGUUCAAGUUCUUGUAUUUUUGGUUUGUCCAUGAGUUAAUUUUUGUAUUUAUUUUGGAGACAUCUUUGGAUCAUUAUCCAACACUGUUAUUCUGUACUGAAUGAUGCUGUUGUUAAUUGAUUUCUUCCUGGUUUUUGCAGGUAUCCGGGGUCUUCUGAAGCAGGGAUCUGUACAGAAAGUUUACAAUGGACUACAAGGAUAUUAACACACCAACAGACACAGCCUGGACUGAGUUAUCUGCCACAUACACUCACACAAACACACACACACACUCAUACACACAUGCUGAAUCCACAUGAGGGCCAGGGUGUAUUUAUUAUUUUCAGGUUGUUCUCAGGAUGGCUCAGAUCUUAGUUUUUAUUUUUAAAUGUUCUGCAGGUUGACAGCAGAGGCACAUUUAACACAUUAGUUUUAUUUAAAGUGAACAAAUGAAAAAGAUGCCAUGUCAUUCGGUCCUCUUUUUCUUUGCGCUACAUGGAAACAAGGCCUUUAUGUUUUAUUUGGAAAAAUUUUGGAUUCACUUUUUUCUUUCUGAGAGAAGAGGACACUCUGACUCCCCAACGUCUGCUAAAGCUGCUGACAAACUGGACAUCUGGAAAACCAUCUUUGAAACUCAAGAACAACUUUAAACCUGUGCAAGAAGAGCAGAGAAGCUCUAUUUUCUCCUCUGUAUUUGAUUUUAUGAAUGUAUCAGCCCCACCUGUUGAAGAAACGGUUAAUUUCCUCUGGUCAGAUUCAUGCUCAUGAAGAUUUUGUAAAUAGGAAAGAUCAAAUCUCAUGUGUUUGUUUGUGUUUCAGUUUUCCUAAUUUAUGUUGCCUCUGACUGUGACGGGAAAACUGUCACUGUUGAUGUAGAGUUUCCCUUUUUCACUGUGACAGGAGUUGACCUCUUGAAUAAAACAGUGAAGUUUUGUUAAUCUGGAGAAAUGGAGACAAUUUGCACAUCAUCCAUCACCUCUGACUCCCUCCUCAAACGACUGAAAGGGACCUGGAAGUAUCAGCCUCCUCGUGGUUUUUAAACGUGGUUUUAAGACUCUCCUUCUCUCAAGUUUUUUUUUCUGUCAACUGCAAAGCUGCCUCUAAAGUUUAUGAGAAAUUCUUCAUGGCCUUAAAUGUGAAAUAUUUGGCCAUUUUUACUGAGUGUUUUAGGGGGAAAUGUACUUUUGACUGACUUAAAUAAAGAUUUCUACAAAUUCUGA